UAAUCGCUGUAAGAGAGGCGUCUCUGAGACUGGGGUGCGGUCUGCGGCCUCGGCCUGCAUGGUGGAGGCAGCUUCUUGGUCUGGCAGCCUGCCAUCACCAUCACCACUUGGACAACCCCCGCUUGGGAACCGACAAGUGCAAAGUCGACAGCACACGACUGCAAUCGAAACGAGCAGGACGCCGUCCGCACAGUGGUAGUUGGGCGUGAAAACGAGGAGAGAAGAGCAGAAAGAGAAAAAAAGAAGAAGAAAAACAAAAGGAGAAAGAAACCCAUCCCAGAGUGCAACGUUUGUAGCGCGGCUCGCGGCUCGUGUGGGGGACGUCAACCAACGAUGGCUUCAUAUACGGAUAUAACGGGCGCGGCGAGCUCAGGGAAGCUCUCCAAGACGCGAAGCAAGCCGGUGGUGAAGCCGAUAUUGAAAAAGCUGUCGCAUUCGGAAAAGAACUCUCUGGACCUUGAUCGAGGGUGGGAUGAGCAGCAGACAACGUUUGGGCAUUAUGGUGGAAGUCUAGGAAGAGAGAGGGAAGGGUCUUUCGGGGGAAGGGACGUCAGCUUCAGUAUUUCGGCGACAGAACUCAGCCACAGCAGCAGCAUCGGAAACGGAAGGAGCAACUUCUCGCACGCUCGCUCGACCAGUGGCACCUCCCACGUCAGUGUAGCGACCAGCGGCAGCGGCCACCGCAACGGCGGCAGCUUCGUCCAUCCCUUCCAGCAGACGCCGCGCACCUCGACACCGCCCCUGUCCUACGCCAAUUCGCUCGCCAGCAUCGAACACGGCGGCAGCAGUAGCAACAGCAACAGCAACAGCAACGCCAACCCCGGAGCCACCGGACCCCGCGACUACUCCCCGACAAUCACCGAGGACGACGACGACGACCUGCUGGACCAGCAUUACCUACACCAUCGCAGCAAUUACCACACCGCCGUCUCCUCGUCGAUACCCAUCACUAGCAACCCCUCAUCAUCGUCUUACCCCCGCCGACCCUCACUGGCCAGUCGCACCUCGUCUCUAUCCGACAUCAAUAACCACACCGGGCCCCCCUCAUUGCGCAUCAACACCAGCCGUACAAACUCCAACGCAGCUUCUUCUCGGCUCGCACACGUCUCGAGCCACUCGGACAUCAAACAUUCGGGCAGGGUUUCCGACUCCACUGUGUCCAACACGGCACCGGUGCUCUCGCCUCUAUCUUCAGCAUCUCCCUCAACAUCAGUAACCGCCAUGUCUCCCCUGCGCACCUCCUUGGAGGGCUUCCGUUUGCGUUCGCGCUCCGACCUCGACUCCAACUACCACCAGGAGCGCAUCCGACUGGAGCGCCACCGCUGGGAGGAGAAGGAACGCCUGAAGAACGAGAAGAGGGACAAGGAGGAGAUGCGCAAGCGAGAGCGCGCCGACAUCAAGGAGGCUUUGCGCCAUGAGCGCGAGCAGCAGCUGAUGAUGAAGCGAGAGGCAAAAGAGGCCGCCCGCAAGCAGAGCUUCUCCCACAGCGCCCGCAACAGCUCCAGCGACAUAAUCCGACCUUCCAUCAGUCGUAAGAGGACGGCCCCCGAUGCCGAAAAGCUGGCCAUGGGAGCUGCCGAGAACCGUGGUGGUGUCGGGUUUGCCAGCCGCAACUACGAGAGCACUGACCAGGGCCAGGCUCCUGUGGCCGACGAGGUCAUGUUCGAGGGACCCCGCCGCUCCCUGACUGCCAAGCGCAAGACGCAGGGCGCCUGGACGAGCUUCGUCUUGUGGUUUCGGACUAGAAUUCUGCGACUGCAUGAUAAUAUGGCCAAGAAGUAAGGUCCUUCUUCGACCUUACCUUGAGCUUCGUUGGGCCUUUCGACAUAAAUCUUUUUUUAUCUUGACGGCCGGCCCCAUCAAAAGGGGUCUGUUUCCCUGGGGAAACUGCCCACGUCCGUCAUGGCAAUACAUAUCCUCAAAAGUAUCACAGCCCAGUACACGCAAAGGCACUCAGCGUGACUGAGAUGACGGGUUCUCAUAGCACUCAGUCGACAGAGGUAUAUUUGUCGCAUUCCAUUUCACUUUCACACGAUAUACCCAGACACCCCGGAAAC